AUGUCGAACCAAGCGGUCGGAAACGUUUAUCAGACCAUCAUCGACGAGGUCAUCAACAGCUCGCGGGUCGAUUUCGAGGAGAGCGGUGUCGAGGAAUCAGUGCUGGAGGAACUGCGACAGGGAUGGCAACGGAAACUGACCCAACUCGACGUUGCUCGGUUCCCAUGGGAUCCCAAGCCUGAUCCUCCACCUCCUGCUCAACCUGCGCCUCCUCCUACAUCAGCGGCCCCUACACAUGCGCAGGCCCAGUUCUCACCACAACUCAAUGUCCCUGUGCCUCAGGGUCUUUCUCUGCCCGGUGUGAACCCGCCCCAAACUCAGCCCCAGAAUGGUGUCAAGCCAGAUUCCCCCUAUGUGAAGACGGAGGGGCCUGCUGUCAAGCAGGAGCCCGGCCUGCAAGGCAACCCUAUGCCUUACCAGGCAUACAACAACAUGAACGACAAGAACAACGUGGCAGCGAACCGAGCUGCUCAGCAACUACAGGCUCAGUAUGGACAGCGAGCUGCCGGUUCAAUCAGCGCUCUCCAUCAGCAGCAGCAGCCACAAUCUCAACAGGGUCAGCAACCGGGAGUUGCUCCCCAGCAGCCAGGCCUGACUCAGCAACAACAGCAUCAGCAGCAGCUGUAUCGCCAGCAGAUGGCCGCUGCCACCGCCCAACAACAACCCGCCAAUGGUCAGCCCCAUAUUCGCAACGGCCAGACAGAUGGCGCGGGUGAUGCCGACGAGUUCGAGGGUGUUCUCAUGGAGCGGGGGGUCUCUGGCGACCUGCGCGAGCUGGGACGAGUUGAGAUUGACCGCAUGCUGCAUGAGCAGAUCCUGGCCAAGGCCAAGUCUAUGGAAGGCGGUGGCUUGAUGCUCCCCCUCAAGGAAGCGACCAGACACAGUUCGGCCUCAAAGUCACGUAGUGCAAACGGCAAGCAGCCAGCCGCUUAUGAUGGAGGCGAUGAUGGCGAGGAGGAGGAUGAAGAUGCCAUCAACUCGGACCUGGACGACCCUGAAGAGGACCGGGACGACGACGAUGUGGAUGACGAGGGUCUGGGCAACAUCAUGCUUUGCAUGUAUGACAAGGUUCAGCGGGUCAAGAACAAGUGGAAGUGCACACUGAAGGACGGUGUCCUGACCGUCAACGGGAAGGAGUAUGUCUUCCACAAGGCUACCGGCGAAUACGAGUGGUAG